AAAUCCUCCUCCAUUGGUUGGGACAACUUCUGCUGGAGGAACUGAAGACAGAAAGACAGACAGCAGGUAAAGGAAAGGAAGACACCAUGGCAGCCGCUUCAAAUCAGAAUGUGGAGUUCGUGAGAACAGGCUACGGCAAGAACACAGUGAAGGUGCUGGUCAUCAGGAGACAAGGCAGCCACCACUACAUCAUCGAGCUGAAAGCGGACGUGGAGCUCACGCUCAAAUCACGCAAGGAUUAUCUAACUGGAGACAACUCUGACAUCAUCCCCACCGACACCAUAAAAAACACCGUCCACGCACUGGCCAAGCUCAAGGGGGUGAGGAGCAUUGAGCAGUUUUCCCUGGAUAUCUGUCAUCACUUCCUGACCUCUUUCAACCAUGUGCUGAGGGCCAAAGUUCACAUGGAGGAGGCUCCAUGGAGAAGGUUGGAGAAGAAUGGGGUAGAACAUGCUCAUGCAUUCAUCUACAGCCCAGAAGCUUGUCGCUUCUGUGAUGUUGAGCAGAAUCUGAAUGGCAUCCCGGUGGUUCACAGUGGGGUGAAGAACAUGAAGGUGCUGAAAACCACCAAGUCCGGCUUUGAGGGUUUCCUCCGAGAUCGCUUCACCACUCUGCAAGACGCCAAGGACAGGUGUUUCUGCACCUCUGUCUAUGCUAGGUGGCGCUACAACACUCAGGAUGUUGAUUUUGAUGCUGCAUGGAUGCGUGUGAAGGAGACAAUUAUUGAGAAGUUUGCUGGCCCCUACCAUAGUGGAGAGUACUCACCCUCUGUGCAGAAGACCCUUUAUGACACACAGGUGCUGGUCCUGGAUAGAAUUGCUAAGGUGGAUGAAAUAGAGAUGGUCAUGCCCAACCAGCACUACUUCACUAUAGACAUGACCAAAAUGGGCCUCACCAACAAAGAUGAAGUUCUUCUUGCCUUGGAUAACCCGUCAGGCAACAUCACAGGGACGGUGCGCAGGAAACAGCAAGCCAAGCUGUGAAGACACCUACACAUCCUGGAAAUGCUGCCGCUAUGAUGUGCACACUUAUCUGAACAAGCUGCUUAAUAAAAAUGAGAACAAACAUUACCUUUUACAAAAGUUUCAAUUACAGUUGCAACUCAAGAUCUGAUUCAAGCUUUUUGACCGUGUAGGGAAAUAAAACAAUAAAAAAUUGAUGAAUUCAUAAA